AUGGCAGCAACCAUUAAAACUGUGGGGGUCGUAGGCACUGGUGUGAUUGGUUCCAGUUGGGUUGGCCUUUUCCUUGCAAAGGGUCUCCACGUCCUCGUUUCAGAUCCCGGAGAUGGAGCCGAGAAGGAGUUGUCCAAUCAUCUCGAAAAUAUCUGGCCACUGUUGGAACGGAUCGGACUUUCCCCAGGUGCCUCACUGUCGAACUACACUUUCGUUGGCAGCAGCCUAGCUGGGCAUUUUGAAAAACUUGACUUUGUUCAGGAAAAUGUACCUGAACGUCUGAAUAUCAAAAGCCAAGUCAUUGCAGAGAUCGAUCAAGGAACUCGUGAAAAUGUUGUCAUCGCAUCUUCUUCGUCCGGAAUUCCAUCCUCGCAAUUUAUCAAGGAUUGCAAGAAGAAUCCAAGUCGCAUCCUCAUCGGGCAUCCUUUCAAUCCACCUCACAUUAUGCCUUUAGUGGAGGUUGUUCCUCACCCUGGCACUAACGAGGACUCUGUCCAGAUUGCGCUUGAAUUCUCCCGAGACAUGGGGAAGAAGCCAAUUGUCGAACGCCAUGAGACACCUGGUUUUGUGGUGAACAGGCUUCAGGCCGCGAUCAACAACGAGAUGUUCAGUUUGGUACAAAGAGGAGUGGUCACAGCCAAGGAGAUAGAUAUCUGUAUGAUGAACAGCCUCGGCCCCUCUUGGUCCUUCAUAGGUCCGUUCAUGAAGGAUGUACUAGGUGGCGGACCAGCAGGCUUUGAGCAUCUCAUGAAGCAUGUUGGACUCGGAAUGCAGGGAUGGCUCAAAGAUAUGACAGCGAAUUCUUAUGAGUAUACUGAUGAAAAUCCGAAGAUACUUGAUCGUAGCGUACAAGACAUGCUGGGUGGUGUGGAUCUGGAGAAAAUGGAGAGCGAGCGGAAUGAUUUGAUGAUCGAUCUGUUCAAGGCCAAGGCUUCAGCGUCAUCUUUGAUCUGA